UUUAUAAAGAAAAGAGCGCGGUCAAAAAAAUUUUAAUAUUUACAUAAAAAAAAAAAUAAAUGAAUAAAUAAAAAAAUAAAAGAAAGAAAAGAAGAAAGAAAAAAAUGUUAGUUUUGAAAUCGUGAUUUAAUUUUGAAAAUCAAGAAAACACACUAAUUGUAGAAAUUCAUAAAUGUUUUGUAGUUGUGUGGAAUUUAAAGUACAAAAUUUCAUAUACGAAUGAUUUUUAAUAAGACAGAAAAGAGAGAAAGAUUUAAAAAGAGAAGUGAAAACGAAAAAAAAAUUUGUAAUUAAAAUAGUAAAAUUUUCAAAAAAAUUUUAUGUACUAAAGAAAUUAUUUGUUAUUAAAAAUUAAUAUUAAAAAAAUCUGAAAUUACAAAUACGCACAAAAUUCAGAAAAAAAGAAUCGUAAAAACACAUACAAAUAAAUUUUUUGAAUUUUUGUUUUUUUUUUUGAAUUUUUGGAGUGGACAGUAAAAAAAAAAUUUGUCAAAAUUUUCGCUUUACAGACAACACCAACCAUGGGUGCAACUGUAGCCCCGUGGCCUGGUUCCAUUAUGGAUAGAGUAACAUCACUUGAUGACAUGCCACAUAAAGGACAUAGUGGUGUUAAUCAAUUAGGUGGUGUAUUUGUUGGUGGACGGCCAUUACCAGAUUCAACUAGACAAAAAAUCGUAGAAUUAGCACAUUCUGGUGCGAGACCCUGUGAUAUAUCACGUAUCUUGCAAGUAUCAAAUGGAUGUGUUAGUAAAAUAUUGGGAAGAUAUUAUGAAACAGGUAGUAUAAGACCACGUGCAAUUGGUGGAUCAAAACCACGUGUUGCUACAGCUGAAGUUGUUAGUAAAAUAUCACAAUAUAAACGUGAAUGCCCAAGUAUAUUUGCAUGGGAAAUACGUGAUCGAUUAUUACAGGAUGGCGUAUGCACAAAUGAUAAUAUACCAAGUGUCUCGUCGAUUAAUCGUGUUUUAAGAAAUUUAGCUGCACAAAAAGAACAACAACAGCAACAACAACAAUCUCAUAUGCAAAAUAAUUUAACUGGUAAUAAUGGAUGUGGUAAUGGUGGAACUGGUAGUAAUGGCACCGGUAAUUCUGGUAAUAGUAAUGAUUUAAAUGGUUCAACAAUCAGUUCAACAAAUUCAUCAAAUAUUGUAUCAAUAAAUACUUCUAAUAAUACUAAUAAUAACAAUAAUAAUAAUAAUACAAUACAAAAUGAACAACAACAACAAGAACAACAAUCAAUAUCAACAUUAUCAAAUACAAUUAAUAUUAAUGGAUCAACAUCAGUUUCAUCAGCAGCGGCGGCAGCAGCAGCCGCAGCAGCAGCAGCUGCAGCUGCAGCAGCAACAAAUCAUUCAAUACAUCAUUCAAAUCAUUUAACACAUCAUCAUGUAACAACACAUCAUCCUACACAUCAUACAACACAUCAUCAUUUAGCUGCAGCCGCAGCAGCUGCUGCUGCUGCUGCUGCCCACACACAUCAUCAUUCACAUCCAUUUCAAAGUGUUGCUGCAUCAGUUGUUGCCGCAAAUGUACCAAAUAGUUGCUGGUCAAGAGCAGCUGCAGCAGCAGCUGCAAUAACACCAUCAGUAGCUGCAACAGCGUCUUGGUAUUCAGCGCCAAUUAAUAAUAAUAAUGAUAGCAACUCAAAUGGUGGAUGUGGUGGUGGUGGUGGUGGUAUACAAACAACAACAAAUAUAGCGUCAACAAAUGGCGGUGGUGAUAAUAGUAUUGGUGGACAUCAUUCACCAUUUCGAUUACAAUCAUUAAAUACAUCAAAUAAUAGUGGUGGUGGCACUAGUAAUGGUGGAAGUGGUGGUGGUGGAAUUGGUAUAAUAGGUGGCAGUAGUAUUGGUAGUACUGGUGGUAAUAAUUCAUGCUUAGUUUUAUCAGAUGAAAUUGGAUCCAAAAAAGAAUUAGAUGGACAUCAUUCAGAUGAAACGGGAUCUGGUGAAGGUGAAAAUUCUAAUGGUGGCUCUAAUUUAGGUGUGAGCGAUGAUGAUCAAGCUAGAUUACGUUUAAAACGUAAAUUACAAAGAAAUCGUACAUCAUUUACAAAUGAUCAAAUAGAUAGUCUUGAGAAAGAAUUUGAAAGAACUCAUUAUCCUGAUGUAUUCGCACGUGAACGUUUAGCUGCAAAAAUUGGUUUACCAGAAGCUAGAAUACAGGUAUGGUUUUCAAAUCGUCGAGCAAAAUGGCGACGUGAAGAAAAAUUACGUAAUCAAAGGCAAACACCUAAUUUAGGUAGUAACAGUUUAAGCGGCGGUAAUGGUAAUGCUAGUACACCAACUGGAACAGCUUCGAAUUCAGGGUUAACACCACCACAUCAUGGUAGUACCGGUUCACCAGAUCAUUUACAAGCAACAGCUGCCGGUUUAAUAAGUGUCGGUUGUAUAGCAUCACAUAAUAGUCCAACAUCAUUAUUAGGUAAUACAACUGGUACAACUGGAUUAGGACAUCCGCAUGCUCAUCCACAUGCACAUCCUCAUACACAUCCACAUGCACAUCAGCAUUUAACUUCAAUGAUGCCAUCUUUAUCACCACGUUUAGGUUUAAAUAGUGGUUUUGGUAGUAGUAUGAGUGCAAUGUAUUCUUCAAUACAUCAUUCACCGAUGUCAAUAACUGAUUCAUAUAGUUCAAUGACAUCAAUAUCAUCUUUUACACAUCCAUCUUUAUCAUCGAUAUCAUCAUCAUCACCUGGUUUAACUGGUAUUGUACCAACGGGUUUAACAUCGUCAUCAUCACCAUCAGCUAUAUGUUUACAGCAGCAACAACAACAACAACAGCAACAGCAGCAACAACAACAACAACGUGAUUUAACACCACCAUCACCAUAUCAAUGUCAAAUAUCAAGAGGUCAAAUAACACCAUCAGCUGGUGGUGGUGGAAAUUCAAAUCCAAAUAGUUCAAAUGAUGAUAAUGAUAAUUCAAUACAUAUAACUGGUGCAUCACAGCAACAACAACAUCAUCAACAGCAACAACAUCAUCAUCAACAACAACAGCAGCAGCAACAUCAUCAUCACCACCAUCAUCAUCAUCAUAUAGCUGCUGCAGCAGCUGCUGCUGCUGCUGCUGCUUCAACAUACGAUACAUUAGGAUUAAGUCCAUAUUCAACACAAAAUCUAACACAUCAUCAUAAUCCAAAUGGUAAUAAUGGUGGUAAUACCGGUACCAGUAUACAAUUAACAAAUACAGAUGAUACAUCAACAAAUAAUAAUAAUAAUGGUAAUGGAAAUGUUAUUGCAAAUGCAAGACAUUCACCAAGUACACCAUCUAACUUUCAAAUGAUAAAUGUACCAAAUUAUUCAGGAACAAGUAAUAAUAGUACCGGAUUAAUAUCACCAGGAGUAUCAGUUCCAGUUGCUGUUUCAGGUCAACCCGAUGAUCCAAUGUCAUCACAUCAAUACUGGUCCAGGCUUCAGUGAUAUUGGUAUUAAAAACAAAAAAUUAAAUUAAAAUUAAAAAAAAAAAAGUGUAGAUUUCUCCCUUUUCGGGGGUUUUUUUUUUAAUUUUUUAAUUUUUUUUUUUGUAAGUGUGUAUAUUAAAUUUUAUUAUUAUAUAAUUAUAUUAUUAUUAAUUAUUAUAAAUAUUAUUUUCAAUUAUUAAAUUCAAUUUUCAUAUAAUUAAUUAUUAAAAAUAAUUA